AUGAAAUAUCCACUGGCAACAAUCAACAAGUUGAUUGAUGUUUUUGCUGAGCCCUUUCUUUACAGCUAUGAUAUCAAAUGCACAUUCCAUUCCAUCCUUCAACAUUCAUCCUUGGGACCUGCUGUACAAGAUCUUGGUAUCGAGGGUGUUGUGCCUGGAUUCCAUGGACAUGCCCAUGACUGCCUUUGUUAA